GCGAUUGGUUCAUACGAACAUUUUAACUUUCAUGUCCAAGCAACAGCAACUGAAGUGAAUGUGCCAGUACAAUGGAGAAGAUUUUAUGUAAUGUCCACGGCAGCAUAUGUAUGCUAAAAACGGGCGUUAAAGAUGGACCAAGUAAAGGCAAAAGCUACUUCGUCUGCGUUGACAAGCAAGGCUGUGAUUUCUGUCAUGUGUCCAGCAUCUCUCCAUCCCACUGCCUCCAACAUGAAGAUUCAAUGGUGGAGCUCCAGGCCCUCACCUACAGUCUACAACAGCAGAGCCACAGGUUGUUCUACAGGUGCAUUGACGGCAAAAAGGCAGGCCAUAAGUGGUGUGGAAAUGUGCCUUGGACUGCACCAGAGAAAGAUAAGAGAAACCCUCUAUCUUACACCCAGCUUCAGCCCUCUUGUCUGCCACCCGUCCUAAACCCCUUUAAAGCCGGUGGCAAGACGAACAAGGACUCUGAGUGGAGAAGGAUGCAUCGGGGGGGAGAUGAAGAGAAAAGAAGAGAGGAGAAAGACGGCAAGCCAAGUCACAAGGCUGAGGGAAGAGAGGGCUAUCAGAAAGAAAAUGUGGAGGUGGCUGGAGAAAAGGUGAAUCAAGAGGAUUCUUACCGAGGUAAACCACUCCCACCGGGGAUGAAGGUAAAGAAGAGAGUUUCCGACGAGGAGAGAAACAGUUCGGAAGCAAACGGUCUGGAAAAUAAUACAGAUAAUGUGCAAGACAAGACUAAAGAGCGCCACCCAAAGCAAGGAGAAACAGAAGAAACAGUUUCUACCUCCAAUGUUAAGGGUGCUCACCCCCAGAAGGUACAUACAACAUUACAAGAUCCUCUUAAGGAGUCACCCCAGCAUCCAAACAAGGGUAAAGCCUCUCUGGUGGAACAAACCAAGCCUACUGUAAAAGAGACCGUUUCUAAACCUAUAUCUAGUCAAAUCACCCCGGUGUCCAGUGACUCUGAUAACACCAGGAACCCCACAUCUACCAGACCAACACAACCAGAUGAUGAAGAUGAUGAUGAUGAUGUCGUGGUGGUGUCAGUGAAACCUGCGACUCAGAAAUCUCUUCCUGUUGCUGCAGUUCAAAAGACCCUGACCACCUUCGCUGGCUUCCAACCUAAGGUCAAAGGUCAACAGGAAGUUCCUAAAGGGCUUCACAGCCUGCUCACUGCUCAACUCCAACAGAAAAAGGCGACUCUGUCUGUGGUGAAUCUGGCGGCUCUGCCUGAUAAAGGAGAGAGGCUGAUGACUCAGGUGAAAGAGCUGGAGGACGCCCUGGAGUCCAUGAGCCUCGCUGCUGCUUCUCAGCCUGAGGCCGAGGCUGGACAUAAAAGUGCAGAUGCUUGUCCAAUUAGCAGCCAGGUGAACCCAUUCGCCCGGCAGGGGGGCACCAUCCUGCUCCCCGCCCCGGGCCUGUCCCAACACGGGGCCUCCGGCAGCUCCCUGGGGCUCCAGCUGGGCCAGGGUCACCCCCAGAUGCAUGGAGGGAUGUCAGAGGUUCAGUCCUUUUACGGUGGCAGGAUGACUAACAACCGUCUACUAGCGGUAAAAAAUGCGACCUGCGAGGCCACCGACCAUCUCCACAAAUCCCUGGAGUCCUGCCCCGACCCUGAGGCCGAGGUCCCUGACCCCAAGGGCAUCAAGGUGACUCUCCUGGCCCAUCAGAGGAGCGCUUUGGCCUGGCUGCUCUGGAGAGAAACACAAAAUCCAUGUGGAGGAAUUCUGGCGGAUGACAUGGGUCUGGGGAAAACCCUCACAAUUAUUGCUCUCAUACUGGCCAAGAAAAGCAAAGCAAAAGGGGAAGUUGAAGAGAAGCCGGCCGAGGGCUGGAUCUCCAAAACUGACUCCAGCCUGGUGGUGUCUAAAGGCACUCUGAUCAUCUGUCCCGCCUCCUUGGUCCACCACUGGAAGAUGGAGAUUGACAGACGUUUGAAGGCAGGCAAGCUGUCGGUGUGCCUGUACCAUGGACCCAACCGCGAGAGAAGUGCCAAAGUGCUGGCAGGUUAUGAUGUGGUGGUGACCACUUACAGUUUGGUCUCUAAGGAGGCCCCCGUCCUGAAGGAGGACGCUGAGAAACCCAGCAAAGAUACUGAUCAUGUGCCGUCAAACUCAGGUCCUCUCCUGCGAGUGACCUGGGCCCGGGUGGUCCUGGACGAAGGCCACAGCAUCAAAAACCCAAAGGUGCAGACCUCCAUGGCCGUCUGUCAGCUGAGAGCCCGUGCACGCUGGGCCGUCACCGGGACCCCCAUCCAGAACAACCUGCUGGACAUGUACUCGCUGCUCAAGUUUCUGCGCUGUUCUCCGUUUGAUGAGUUCAAACUGUGGAAAGCUCAGGUAGAUAACGGCUCUAACCGAGGCAGAGAGAGACUCAACAUCCUGACCAGGACUCUGCUGCUGCGACGGACCAAAACCCAGCUGGACUCCUCCGGAAAGCCUCUGGUGUCUCUUCCUGAUCGUACCUGCGAGGUGCACCAACUCAAACUGUCAAAGGACGAACAGGCUGUGUAUGAUGUGGUCUUUGCCAAAUCCAAAUCGACUCUGCAGAACUACCUGAAGAGACAUGAAGGGACUGAUGCGACAAAAGGAAAGGCUUCCAGUUCCAAUCCCUUUGACAAAGUGGCCCAGGAGUUCGGUAUUUCCCAGUCUGACCCGGCUGCCUCCAGUUCCCAGCAGCCUCAGCAGGCGUCCAGCACCGUGCACAUCCUAUCCCUGCUGCUGCGCCUCCGCCAGUGCUGCUGUCACCUGUCACUACUGAAGAAGACUCUGGACACGUCGGAGCUGCAGGGUGACGGGAUCGUCCUGUCUCUGGAGGAGCAGCUGAACGCUCUGUGCCUCUCCUCCAGCCCCUCCCCAUCAGACCCUCAACACACUGACACUGUGGCCCUGAACGGCACUCGCUUCCCCUCAAAGCUGUUUGAAAACACCAGUGAGAGCACCAAGAUUGCUGCUAUUGUCUCGGAAUUGCAUGCAAUCAGAGAGAAGGGUGAUGAUCAGAAAAGCGUCAUCGUGUCCCAGUGGACCAGCAUGCUGAAAAUCGUAGCCGUUCACCUGAGUCAGAUGGGCCUGAGGUACGCUGUCAUCGACGGGACGGUCAACCCCAAACGCCGCAUGGAUCUGGUGGAAGAAUUCAACACGAACCCAGACGGACCCCAGGUGAUGCUGGUGUCUCUUUGUGCUGGAGGGGUCGGACUUAAUCUUAUUGGUGGAAAUCACCUCUUCCUCAUUGACAUGCACUGGAACCCAGCCUUGGAGGAUCAGGCCUGUGACCGGAUCUACAGAGUUGGACAAGUUAAAGAUGUCACAAUCCACAGGUUUGUGUGUGACGGCACGGUGGAGGAUAAGAUCUCCGUACUGCAGGGGAAGAAGAAGGAGCUGGCCCAGAACGUGCUCUCCGGGAAGGGAAGCACCGCCACCAAACUCUCCCUGGCCGACAUCAGGAUCAUCUUUGGUGUCUGAGAGAGGGAGAGGUCCGAUCCACCGCUACAACACCAAACAGCUGUUCGAACAUGUCAUAGAAAUUCAGGGUAUGAGUCUGAAAAAUCUUGAAAUCACAUAUUUAGACUGAAAAAGUAUGUAUAUCUAAAAUUCUACUGCUUGAAAUGGGUUUUAUCUGCAUCUUAACUGCUUCACAAAAUUGUAUUAGACUCAAUGUGCCUUUAACAUUUUGAUUUUUAGCUUUCCUUUUCAAUAACAUUGUGUCCUUGAUUUCGGAACUGCUAUUAUAAUCAAUGCACUUAAAUACAUGCUGAGUGAGUUAUUUCAAAGUAUAUCAGUUUAUAUUAUAGGUUUUUUACACAUAAUAAUCCGUUUUUUUGGGGGGGGAACUCGGAUGCAAAACUGGUUACUUGAAUAAUCCUUGCUGUUUUUUUUAUUUUAUACAUUUUCAUCAUAGAAAGGAAAUUGUGAAUACCCUGAUUGAUUAAUUUCAGCAUGUUUUAGAAUAUAUUAAGCUGAAAGCAGAUACUGUUACAUUUGGAUAGAAAAUAAUUUCCUCAGCUUCAUAUAUUACUUUAUAUCCGCUAAUAUGUAUUAUGCUGCUGCUGCAUUCACUACUACACAUUUAAAUGGCAGCAGAGUACAAAAUAUAUAGCUGACACACAGAUGAGAAACUCUUUGGUCCAGUAUGAUGCUUCAAAUCACCUUUUUCUUAUUUAUGGCAUAUGCUAUAGUAAGUGUGGCAAAUAAUUUGUUUAUAUUUAGAUGUUAUGUGGUUAUGUCUUCCUAGCUCUUAUAUUUUUAUUAUUUUAAACCACAGGCCGAUUCAUUAUUGGAGUGAAGAAAAUAUUAACUAUGUGUGGCUUUUCACGUUUAUUUACUUUUCAAACCUGUUUUCAAAUGUAAUUAUUUUUGUUGUUUGUGUUUUUAUGAUGAUUUUCAAAUAAAUCCGGUGAUAAGAAUUAUGGAAGUUAAUAUGACUGCUUAUUGUCAUUGUAAUAGUUACCUCAUUGGGAUUAAUCAUUUUAAAUGUUUAGAAAUUAGGUCAAGAUGUACUGUAAGUGGUUCAGGCUUCUAAAAGAAUAAACUUGAAUUGGCACGAAACAUUGCUGCAAAAAUA